AUGGUAGCAAAAAGAUGGGCGCUGCUCUGCGGCGGCAACUUCUACUUCGACGGCAAGGCUAGGAAUCACGGGAACAAAAUACUACGAUUUCCAGAUCUCGAAGGCUGUGUUCAAGAUGUCCAUGCCAUGCGAGACUUCCUGGUCUGCAUAGGCGUGAGCGAGAUAGCGAUACUGACAGCGACCCGUGGGGAAGGACGGCCGAUCGAGGACGAGGAACGUUGGCCGACGCGCCAGAAUAUCGUGCGCGAGUUGAAUCGCAUCACAAACGCAGCCGCCCCAGGAGAUCUCGUCUACAUUCACUACUCAGGCCAUGGCAUCCGUCGCAAUGCCGCUCCGCCCGACUCUGAAGGCGACGGGAUGCUGGGCUCAGCGUUAGUGAUGACGGAUGUUCUCAGAGGUGGGCCUUACUUGACUGCAUACCAUCUCGGCACCCGCGUUCGGAAAAUGGUGGAGAAGGGUCUACGAGUCACACUGGUACUGGACUGCUGCUUUUCGGGCAGGGGCAUCAGAAAUCCGGAGCUCAGGCCACGCACCAUCCCGGACCAGUACGACGACUCAUCGCUAGAAAGCGACAAGGCCGCCGACAUCGACACGGAUCUGAUGAUUGAUUCUCUUGCUCAGCGAGACACAGGGCCAGUCCAGAAGAGCUGGUUAUCAAAUCCUACCGGAUGCGCCAUACUCGCAGCUUGUGGACCGCACGAAGUAGCUGGCGAGGGGCGGUUUGGCGACUCCACAAACAAGCACGGCGCAUUUACGUACGGCGUCUUGAGUAUACUGCGUGGUCGGAGCGGCAGUGCGCUUCCCUCGCAUGCGCGCGUGCUAGACCACGUCAAAACCAAGUUUCGCGAACUGAUGGUGAGACAGUCGCCAACAGUCCUCGGAGACGGGUGGUACGAGUUUCUGGGAACGGCUUCUGUGGAGGAGGGCGAAGAAGUUGGAGUGUCGCAGGGAUAUGAUGGUCCAGGAGCUGUCCAUCUCUCCCUGUAUUGUUUCACGGCAUCAUGGGGUAUUCGAAAACUUGAUCCCAGCCAUAAAGAAGGCCGAGUGUCCAACCUCACUGGACCUGGUAUUACUCCCUUGUCGGACUUGGCAAUGCCGAUGGAAAUACCUCCGAAAAGCCGCCCGGAUGACCCUUCAGCUAUCACAGACAUCUUCACAAUGUUCGCAUCGUCUGCAGACCACGUUUCCUGGGACGAGAUCUGCCUUAGCUCACUUCCAGUGAAUGGCGCCCUGGACAAGUAUUUAGUUGACGCCACCAAGGACAAGUCGGCGUAUAGGGAUCCUGGAGAGGUAUUCGUCCAUGAGCCCCCAAUCAACGUCCAGCAUAGCAUCAAGCACUGGGGUGCCACCUUCCUCACUCUCUUCUUCCAGUCCCAGUAUGUCAGCGAAUUGCUCAACAUCCCCUGGGCCAUCACCGCUCCGAAUGCCAGUAGGGCCAAGGUCAACCGGAUCAUGCAGUCUGAUCAAAUCUGGCAGGGCUCGAGGACGAGCCCUCUCGUCUGA